AUGGAUAGUUACGAAGAUUAUGAAGAAAUUAAUAGUAGCGAUUCAGAAUUAAGUGAUAAUGAGAUUGAAGCAUAUAAUUCAAUUAAUUUUGAAUAUCUUAUUCAAGAAAGUGAUGAAGAAUCGAAUUCUCAAGAUAAUUCAACUGAGAUUACUAAGAUUCCAGUAGUUGGUACUGUUAGAAGUAGUGAACGGACUAGAAAACGACCACGUGGAUCAAGAGCAAGUAAAAGUAACUGUGACAUUGAGCCUCUUGCUUCAUCUAUUAAGAAAGUAUAUAAAAAAAUGUAUAUGCCAAGCUUAAAUGUGGCUGUAGAUGAAAUGAUUGCACACUUCUCUGGAAGAAGUGUGCAUAUAACAUUUUCUUUUUCAUCACAUAUUGAAAAAACAGCCAACUUACCUACUAUUCAAGGUAUUAAUGAAAUAGGUCAACAUGUUUGCCACUUAGUAUUCCAACUUCUACUUGAAAAAACCACAGUUCGUACAAAUUCAGCAAAAUUUUCAAAAGAAUUAAAAGUUCAUAAUAUAAAAUCUUUAGAAUGGGAUACACUUUCAGAAGUAGUUAUAAAUAAUGUGCUUACCAUUCUUUGGGUUGAUAAUGGACCAGUAACAAUAUUAAGUACAAUUCAUAAUAUUACUGGAAAUAAAUCUCGAAUUAAUUCAUGUCGAAAUUGGCUUCCAUUAUUUUUUUGGCUACUUGAUACAUCAAUUGUCAAUGCUCAUAUUAUUUAUUCAAACUCUAAUGAUUAUAUUGAAACUUCACUAAACAGUAAAGAAUUUCACACACAUCUUGUUUGGGAACUUAUACAAGAUUCAACAAGUCAAGUGUCUAAUACAAGAAGCUCUCAAUAUUCAACUACUAGUUCUCUUAUCUCAAAU